CGCAUCCGUGUGCUAUGAACAACGCCACCGCGCACCGCCCCAUCACGACCGCUCCGCGCGCUGGUGAAUCGUUGGGCGCGUUUGUCGGCCAGUUAGAUGCGUCCUUACCUGGCAGCCUUCUCUUGCGUGUGGCGGAGGCAUGCAUGGAUAUCCAGGCGUUGAUUCAACGUGGUGCCCUUGCAGACAACGUUCUCGGGUCGGCUCACUCGGGCAACGUCCAGGGCGAAGUGCAGCAAAAGUUGGACUUGCUCUCAAAUGAUGCGAUGCUACGUCGAUGCCAAGACGAUCCGUCGCUUGCUGGCAUGUGCUCUGAAGAAAGCGAGGAUGUCUACGCCGCAUCACCGUCUGGGCGAUACCUUCUGCUUUUCGAUCCCCUCGACGGUUCGUCCAACAUUGACGUGAACGUGUCAAUUGGAACCAUUUUUUCCGUCCUUCCACACACGCCCAGCGUCAAUGCCACCGCAACCGUCGCGUCGGAUUUCCUUCAAUCCGGCGAUCGACAACUCGCCGCGGGCUACGCCAUCUACGGCCCCCAGACGACGCUUGUCAUCACCGUCGGCCACGGCGUCCACAUGUUCACGUUGGACGUUGCCCGUCAAGUGUUUGUGUGCACGCAACCACAAGUAACCCUCUCUCUAUCGACGAAAGAGUUUGCCAUCAACAUGUCCAACACACGGCACUGGGAACCACCGAUCGCGGCGUACGUGGCCGACUGCCUCGCCGGAGUCCAAGGUCCUCGCGGCAAAGAUUUCAACAUGCGGUGGAUUGCAUCGAUGGUGGCCGAGGUGCAUCGCAUCUUGUGUCGUGGCGGGGUGUUCUUGUACCCAUGGGACGUCCGCAUGAAGGGGCGAAUGGAAGGCCGACUUCGACUGCUCUACGAGGCGAACCCCAUGAGCUUGUUGAUCGAACAAGCAGGCGGCGCCGCCAGCAUCGGUGUCAAGCGUAUGCUGGAUGUGAUCCCGACUUCGCUGCAUCAACGGGUGCCUGUCAUCUUGGGUUGCCGGGAAGAAGUCCAAGCCAUUGUUGGGUAUCACUUGCAGACCCCGAACGACGAUCGGCCAUGAUGAGCUGUCUCUCGGACCUCUCGUGGUCUCGAUAGUUCACCAAAAAACUAAAGACGUGGAGGCUGUGCCAUUCAUUCGUGCUGCGUGGAAGGUCUACUUGGAUGCGUACGCAUUGCACACGACGUCGAUUUAUGUGCAAUAAACUGUAUAGCUUGGGCAAUCAAGGCGCACAUAGUCGCCAAGAAAGGUUAGAGGAGUCAUGCUGCGUGACCACGAUGAGCUGGGUAUUGCGUCCGUUGUCACCGGUACCCUCGCCGAACUCGUGCGGCCCAUUGCAAUCCGUGCAUGUGAUCGGACGCCCGCGCUUGCUC